ACAUCGCUCGUCCUCUUCCAUCCCCCUUUUUUUUAUCCACAGCUGAACAAACACCACAUUCUUCUAAGCUUCACCGAAAACAGAAAACAAACUAUGUUCCAACUCGCCCUUGCCGCUCUCCUGCAGCUCUCGCUGGCCGUCUUCGCUGAGGCCGCCCCAAUCACCACCCAGUCCGCGGGAUGGCAGGGUCCGACUGGCGGAGGCAUCCUCGGAGUCAUUGUGCUCAUUCUUGACAUUAUCGCAUGGGUUGAGAUCUUCAAGAGCAACCGCCCCCCAGCCAACAAGUUCAUCUGGGCCUUGGUUGUCUUCCUCUUCCCAGUUGUCGGCAUGAUCAUCUACUAUCUGUUCAGCAACCGCGCAUCCCACAACAACAGCGACUAUGAGGCCAUCCCUUCAUAAGCCCUAUACACACACCGACAAGACCCGCAGCAAGGUGGCAUCCGUCUUCACCGGGCUCACGCGCGAUGAAGCUGAUGCAGGACACAAUGGCUGUCAGACAGAGGACUGUUGAGGAUUGGUGAUGGUGCAGACGCGGAUUGGAACAGGGUGUCUGUCGCGCGUAUAGGGGAGAUUGCGGUUUUGGAUCUGGAGUUGCAGGCGUUUGAACACGGGUUUUGGAGCGAUGAGCCCUCAGAUAUCCAACACGAUUUCAAUGCGAACAAACUUUUCGGAUGAAC